GGAAUCAGGAGGGAGCGGGCACAACGGCUGGUGAAGAGGUUGAGCAGCCCGUGUGGACAUGCUGACUGUCCAUGCAAUGGAAUGGAACAGGCACAAGGGAGACAAUCUCCACAAGGCCCUCUCCACAAGAUAUGUGAAGACUUGUCAAAGAGCUGUGGAGGAGACAGCAAGACUUCUAGAGCUCAGAGAAGAGGUCCAUUGCUCAGAGGAGAUGGCACUGCAGUGGGUUAUGGAUGUUCAGGAAUGGGCUGGGGAGACAACGGAUGCCGCCAGUGAUCAACGAUCCCUGCAACAACAGUCCAUUGAGGGGCUUCAUCUGAGCCUUCACCACAGAAAACAGAGCCUCUACCGUCAAAAUGACAGCAACAAGCUUCGUCACCGCCUGCUCAAAAAUUUGGCGAAAGACAAGCGGCGUCUCUUCGAACAGAUUGCCGAAUACAACAGGCUGGUGUCAGAGAUGCAGAUCAAUGUGGCAGUGGUCGAGAGGUCGCUGGCUGGACUCACUGUGUCACACAUAUGGCCAUGGGAGGUGCACAGCAGUGGAUCAUCAGUGAACAUCAGCACCAAGAGACGAGUGCAUGACCAGCAGAUGCUGACCACACGCCUGCAAGAGGAGAGGAGCAUCCUGGUUUUGGAGAUGGCCCAACACUGCACUUCGUUGCGAAACCUGGCCUUGGCUCUCAGGACCAAGAUUAUAAGUGAGGCAGAGGGAAGUGAAGGACUACGAUGUCUUCUUAUUCGAAGACUUUCGGAAGUGGAAGGUAGUUUGCGGUUGGUCCUACAGCACUACCAGGCUGCUUUGGGGCCACAUGCAUCUCUCCUUGGAGGCUUGGAUGAUGAAGAGGAAAGUGAACCUAGCAGUUCGGAAGAGAGUGAGGAGGAGGCUGAAGAGGAGGCAACCUAGGUAGCCCUGGCAGCACAUCAUCCCCCACCCUCAUCCAUCUCCACUGGCUCCCAGUCAAGAGCCGUAUCUCCUACAAACUCCUCCUCCUCACCUACAAAUCCCUCCAUGCCCUCGCCCCCCAAUACUUGUCUGACCUCCUCCACCAGUACACUCCAUCCCGGAACCUACCGUCCUCUGACCUGGGUCUGUUCUCCACACCCAUACUAAGCUGCAGACUUUUGGUGACAGAGCCUUCAGUGUGGCGGCCCCUACCCUCUGGAACUCUCUCCCUCCUGACAUCCAUGGCACACACACCUUUGGCGCACACACCUUUUCACCAAGGCUUUUCCCCAUUAGUUAGUUUAGUUUAGUUAGGUUAAUUUUCCCCUUUUUUGCUGCUGCCCCUCACUGCCCCUCCCGACCCCUUACCUGACCUUUGGUUUUUUGAAAGGCGCUAUAGAAAUCUUGAGUUAUUAAUAUUAUUAUUAGGUAUCCUCCUGGGGUAUGCAUGGUUGUUUGCCUGUGUAACAGGAUUCAUUUUGUUUGUAUGUUUCACUAGAUUUUUAUGUCUAAUUUGCUAUUGUUUAUUUGUUUUUCUGUUUCUGUGAUCGCCUGUCUUGUUUAAUUUUUCAUUUUAUUGAUUUAUUUACUUUAUUUUAAUAUCCUGAUUAUUGAUUGGCCACAUUUAAUAUCCUGAUUACUGAUGGGCUAUGAGCUGGGACAUUGGCGGGGUCGUGAACUCUUAGGUCUCUGUCUCUUUCCCGGGUCUGGCUGUUGUGGGCAGAGGUUAGUAAUGCCAGGAGCUCUAUGUACAUCCUUUUUAUGAGAAGCUAGAAUGUUUGAAUGUCCAUAAUGUUUGAUUUAAAUAUCUCUAAAUUGUCAUGUGUAUUAUAGGUAUGAUUGUGUAGUGAAAAUGUAAUUUUUUUACGAAUAGUUUAAGCAAUGAGAGUGACGACGACGAUUUAUGUUGUUGAAGCUGAAGCUAGCUGGCCAAUAAUGCUAAGCUGGGAAAGAGCCCUGCGAUCAAAUCUUUUUGCUCUGUGAUUACUCUACGCAGAUGGGCUCAAUAAAUGGUGGAUGCAGUACAUCGGUCUCCAGACUGCUCAAUGACCAUAACACCACGCAGAGUGAGCUGGUAACACCUGUAUGUGCCUGUUAAUUGUGAAAUAAAGAUAUUGAAA